GAGCGCCGUGGCCCGCGAGCGCCGCGCCCCGUCCCGCCGAAGCCCGGCCGAGGGAGGAGACGAUCUUGAAAACUUUACCAGGUCCUCGAGAGAGAAAACUACAUGACACUACACCAUGAGUGACAGUAAAUGUGAUAGUCAGUUUUACAGUGUUCAAGUUGCAGAUUCAACAUUCACUGUACUAAAACGUUACCAGCAAUUGAAGCCCAUAGGAUCAGGGGCACAGGGCAUUGUUUGUGCUGCGUUUGAUACAGUCCUUGGAAUAAAUGUUGCUGUAAAGAAGCUGAGUCGUCCUUUUCAGAAUCAAACCCACGCAAAAAGGGCUUACAGAGAGCUUGUUCUUUUAAAAUGUGUCAAUCACAAAAACAUAAUUAGCUUAUUAAAUGUAUUUACACCACAGAAGUCACUAGAAGAAUUUCAGGAUGUAUAUUUGGUUAUGGAGCUGAUGGAUGCAAAUUUAUGCCAGGUUAUUCAUAUGGAAUUGGAUCAUGAAAGAAUGUCUUAUCUUCUUUACCAAAUGCUAUGUGGUAUCAAACAUCUCCACUCCGCUGGUAUCAUCCACAGAGAUUUGAAACCCAGCAACAUAGUAGUAAAAUCAGAUUGUACGCUCAAAAUCCUUGAUUUUGGACUGGCAAGAACAGCAUGUACUAACUUUAUGAUGACUCCAUAUGUAGUAACACGGUAUUACAGAGCACCAGAGGUUAUCCUUGGAAUGGGAUAUAAAGAGAAUGUUGAUAUCUGGUCAGUUGGGUGCAUCAUGGGAGAAUUGGUGAAAGGUUGUGUGAUAUUCCAAGGCACUGAUCAUAUUGAUCAAUGGAAUAAAGUUAUUGAACAAUUAGGAACACCAUCAGCAGACUUCAUGAAGAAACUACAGCCUACAGUGAGGAAUUACGUAGAAAACAGGCCAAAAUAUCCCGGUAUUAAAUUUGAAGAGCUCUUCCCAGACUGGAUAUUUCCAUCAGAAUCUGAUCGUGACAAGUUAAAAACCAGCCAAGCUAGAGAUUUAUUAUCAAAAAUGCUUGUAGUAGAUCCAGACAAGAGAAUUUCUGUAGAUGAAGCCUUACGUCAUCCUUAUAUUACUGUCUGGUAUGAUCCAGCUGAAGCAGAAGCUCCCCCACCUCAAAUCUAUGAUGCACAAUUGGAAGAAAGAGAACAUGCAAUUGAAGAAUGGAAAGAAUUAAUAUACAAAGAAGUAAUGGAUUGGGAAGAAAGGAGCAAGAAUGGUGUGGUAAAAGAUCAGCCCUCAGGUUACACAGAUGCAGCAGUGAAUAGCAACACCAGUCCUUCCCAGUCAUCAUCUAUCAAUGACAUUUCAUCCAUGUCAACAGAGCAAACAUUGGCCUCAGAUACAGACAGCAGCCUCGAUGCCUUGACAGGACCCCUUGAAGGAUGUCGAUGAUCAGCCAGGAUUGCAGACUUGACUUUGGAAAAGAGCUCUUGCUUCCAUUGGGCCUGAAUUGCUUGUAAGUUAAUGGAACCAAGUAGAAAAACUCCAUGUUCUGCAUGUUCUGCUAAAGUAAUGCCUGUUUUUUUUACUCAGUUGUUAUGAAAUUGCCUGCUUAAUGUUGUAGAAUGAAAGCAAAUCAAUGUCUAAAGAACAAAAAAAUUUAAAUUUAGACACUAUUAUAGGCUUUUCUUUGUUUCAGCCUAUUUCAGGUGAGCAGUUAUAAUAGACUUUUAGCCAAUAACUCCUCUUAAGUGGGCUCAUGAAUCUUCAGUCCCAACUGGCAGGCUUCUGUGACACAAUGGUUGUUUACAUUUUAGUACAGUAUUGCUCAUUAGUAGGUUUUUUGAAUGUAUAGUCUCUAUGAAGUUUGUUUUAAUGUGUGACUGUGGCAGUUUGCUUUAUUUAACGACUGGAGUGUUGUAUGUAAGUGUGAACUCACACAUUGAACGCUCUCAGUACUAUGUUUAAAGGGCAGUUAUUCUUCCACAUAGCACUUUUUUUUUAUUGAGCCCUUUCUUUCUUCCCUUUCCAACAAUUCUGUAUCUUCUUGUAGAAGAGAGAAACGUGAAGUUUAAAGAAUAUAGCCAUUACUUUGUAUUUCACCCAUGAGUAUGUGUCUCUAACUUUUUCAGUUUUUUAAACAUGGAUGGAAGAUACAGUGGCUUAAUUAAAUCUUAAGGAAGGAUGAGUGACUUAUCUGUGAAGCAGUGCCUGUUUAGAAGAGGAGAGAGUGCUAAAAUGUUCUGUAUUUUCUAGCUUGUGAUACUGGUCCUUUAACAAAAACAGAAGAGGAAAUUAUAUCUGUGAUGCUCUUCAUUCACUGCAAACUCUGAUAAAAGGACAGAUGAAUUGGAGAGACUUGCAGCCUCAAAAAGAGCUGCAUAAAUGUUUUCCAGUUUUUUAAUGGGUCCAUUCUAUCUAGCGAGUAAUUAAAGAAAUAAAAAUACAGUAGUUCUGAGUCACUUGUAAAUUAAGUAUUUAGUUAACAGAGCUUCGCUCUUUUCCCACCUUAGGAAAACCUCUCUAUUUGUACUGGGGGAGGAAAACAUAUUUAAUACAUAUUUUCUAAAUACAGUGUCAGAGAAGAGGAGGAGAUUAUUUGCUGUUUCAAUACAGGCUUAUCAAUACAGUUUUCAGAAUCAGAUAAUACAAACAUUUCCUGUCACAUUGCACAGUAUGUUGAAUUAGAAAAUGCGUUUGCAGUAGAGUAGGGCUUAAAUUGCUUUAUACUACACACUUGUGAAUUUGUGCACGUUCACUUUGGAGUGCACAGGUGUGAAAUUUUGCUAAAGGAUCUUGUGUGUGCAUGUGUGUGAGAUUAAACUAUAUAACUAUAAGAGUAAUAGAUGUACAAGAUGAGGUAAAACACCACUUUCUUAAAGGCACUAUAUUUAGCCGUUGAUCCAGAUACUGACUUGAAUAUAUAAAUAGAACUUAUAAAAUAUACUGGCCCAGCCAGCCACUGCAUUACUGACAUAUUUCUCUUGUAAAAGAAAAUUGUCCAUUGUUUCGACCUUAUGAUUUGAAAAGCAGUAAUUUCUCUUUAUGCAAACAUUGCUUUUAUAUUAAAAUUGUACCUCUUUUUAAUAGCUUAAUUUGCCGUAGCAAAGAUAUUAAGGUUUUGCUGUCCCAGAAGGUUAAAAAAAAUUAAAAAAAUUAACAAAGUACUUAAUAUGAUGUUAACUUCAGAAUUGUCAUCUGGAAUCUUGGAUUUUUAAAGUUCUGUUUAAUUGAAUUGCAGGGUAUUGGGGCUUGCGUUUUUUCUUGUUGUUUGGUUUUAAAUCUAUGGAUACCUUAGUUUAUCUUUUGGAUACUGACGGUAUAUGUGAAAUAUUUUUAGUGCAUUUUUGUCACUGGAAAAAAACAUUUAAAAAUGCCUAUCUACCGUAUAGCAGAACAGUACAGGUUGCUGUUCUUUUGCAUUUUUUAAUCCUUGUUAUUUGUGUAAGUUAAAAUUACUGAAGACACCUAUUCAGAAGGAACAUUAGUGAUUCACUAUGGAAGUAGUCUACUGGAUUUAAUUUUUCAAGAUUUGUAUCCUUUUCAACUGAAGUUGCACUGUGCUCUGUUCAUUUUAACAGUUACUGCUUUAGAAGACUUAACACAACGAAGAUUUUUUUUUUUUCAUGUGUUUUGGAUAUUUGCAGAGUUGAAUUUUUCCUAUUGGACCUGGGCUGCUCAUAACAACAGGGGGUUGGACCAUCUGACCUCCAGGUCUCUUCCAACCUAAAUUAUUCUGUGAUUCAAAUUGUCUUUUAAUAUUUAACACAACUGCCCUAUCUCCAUGAUUUGAACUGGUAUCUGACCUUCUCCUAGUACAUACUGUUCGCUUGAAUAUGUACUCUUGGAACAAAAAAACCCCCUGAGAUUAACUGCGUUUAUUUGUAAAUCUUGUUGUAGGAAAAGCUGUUUCAUACCUUAUUUUUUUAAUGUUGUCUUGCUAUGGCAUACACUGAAGCUUCAAAAUUUUACGGAAAUGUUGCUGCCUUUGGAGCAUGCGUGAAGUGUCUGUGAAUAUUGUGGAUUUUGAUUCCAGUAUAAUUCAAAACCAAAUCGCUAAUAACCUGAAUGAACAUCGAUCUCAAGAAGGCACAUAUACAGAUUAUAUUCAGAAAAACGCAUGCAGAAUAGACGCAUGCCAAAGUUCCCAUGCUAUUUCAGUGUGCACAUAUAGACUAUAAAUGCACUGCAUGCAGAUUAUAUACAUAUAGUUGUAUUCCUGACUGCAGGUUAAGUUCAGUGCCACGUUUGUGACAUGGUUGUCAAUGCCGUGAGAACCUCAUCGUUGAUGGAAAACAAAAUGCACAUGUAACUUGACGGGUUUAAAAGUUUAGAGAGUUUGGUGUGCAAUAUAAUCACUUUUAUUCCUAAUACUAAAAUCAUGUAUGUAAAGUGAUGCAAUUGACCAUUUUUUUGCACUUUGGCUUUUAUAAAUAUUUAUAUGUAUUUAAAGAUUAAGAAUAUGUGAGUGUGUGUAUACACAUAUAUAUUAAGAAACCUGCUCAGUUUUGUAAACGAGUGUUACUUUUCUUUGAGAGACUUUGUAUAGUGUUAACACUACUACAGUAUACAUAAACAAUUUAUGAAAUAUGACUAAAAAUAAGUGGUGGUCAACAUAGAUACAAUCUGUAAUCUUAACUGCUCACCUGAAAAAAAGAGGGAUCUAUGGCUAUUAAUCAGAUUAUUUACCAGAAACAUUAUGUUAAAUGUAUGAACACUGAGUAGCUGAAUGGCAUUGCAGAAAUGGAGUAUGUUUUAAACAGUUAAUUUCAUCUGUGCUGAUAUAAUUUUUCCUCAAAAAAAAAAAAAACCCUUAGAGAAGCUUGGUGUUUUGAAAUCUGGAUAAGCAGCCUGUAAGUGUGCUUUGAGGAAAUACUGUGAUAUGACAAGUUAGUUUUUUAUUGAAAAAGAUGAGAAAUGAAUGUCAAAAUUAAGGCUUUGUCUGCAUGGAUCAUACAAAAUAAACUAGUCUAAUGACUGGAAACUAGUGUUUGCAAACAGCCUUUGAAGUUUUGUAAUGUUUCCGGUAAGGGUUUGCAUUUCCGUGUCAAAAUAAUGAAAAAUAAACUCAACCUUAACUAGAAAUUAACUAGUUGGUUGGUAAGUUUCAAAAACUGUUAGGAACCAGAGGGCUCUUGAGGUUUUCUUUGUCUUUUUUGAAGUCCUAACAGAGCAUAUGUGUUUAUUCAAAAUUAAUUUAAAAAAGUGAUUCCAUAUGUUUAAUUUUUUUUUCCCUAAAGGAAGGACCUUAAAUGCUAAAUUGGUUUCCUUUUUAGAUCUGAUUGUAUUUGGCUUAAAAUUAUAAUUUUAUGAAUGAAGUAGGAUUUAGACAUUCAAAAUACAGCUUACACAGCGAGUCUCCAAGAACUGAGCGGGUGAUUCUUCUUUUGGCAGAAGUGCAGUCCUCUAGUUUGGUGUGCGCUGGAAGUUCAGAUGUUAAAGUGCAGACAAAUCUUUACUGAACAUAAUGCCGUUUUGGAGUACGGGUUCAGUCUUGCAGCAAUACAGUUUGUGUGGAGUGUUUCAUUUGAAUUGUGACACUUGAAAUGGAAGUACUUUAAGCGUGGUGGGGGGUAAAUGCUGAACAGCCUUUGUCUGUAUAUUCUACAUAUGUCAUAUGGAUUCUAUCAGGGCUUGAUGCUAAACUUAGUGAUACCAUAUACUGGGAACCAAAUUCUUUCCUGGGAUGUGUGUUGUGUAAUUCCUGCUCAAAACUGGUUUUGAUCCAGGGACACCUGCACCCAGAUGCAGAAUUUGGACUUGAGUUCCUAUAGAUGAAUCUAGUGAUUUCUUUGCUUUUCCAGAGUGUCUUUGAUUAUUUUUUUUAACAUGUUGAAAUAUGACAGAAAAAGUGUAUUCUGGCUCAUUAUUUUACAUAUAUUUUAGAUUGUCUAUUACAUGAGUGAUAGUGAUGUUCUAAAAGCUUAUUACACAACUUAUCGAAUCAGUUUUAUUUUUUGCCCGCUCUGCAUGCUAAAAAUGUCUGGAGCUAAACUAAUGUUUUUAAGUGAACCAUCUUUUCUCAUGUUAGUGUUGGAGGAAAGCGGAGAGAUAACCAUCGUUUCUGUUUGUGUUCUAUAAAAUGACUAUUUUUGUAGCUAAAAUUUUAGUUGUUGGAUUUCAAUCCCACAGUGUUGCUUUGUGGAUAUAAAUUUACCUGGGUCCGCUAUUUCAAACAGUAUAUGUAUAACAAGUCCAGUAUAAAAUUAAACUAAUAAAAUGCACUCUUCUGCAAUUUGUUAUUGAAAAUAUGGCAAAUUA